AACAUAAUGCUGUCUAGGUAAAUCACCAGUUAUGUUAAACAACGAAAUGGAACCAAGCAGCGAAAUAAAUCAGGUAUGAAGGUUUUUUCUGUACAUUGUUUCAGGCCAGUCAUUUAUUCAGGACUGUGAAGAACAACGUAGCAUACAGAGCAUUGCGUGUACCUUAUGCACUGCUUCAAGCUGGUCUCAUGAUAUUCAGAACACAUGCGUCAAAUAUGCAACUCGUGAAUAGACCAUUAUUUAGGUGCCUUUGCUGUGUAUUUAGACGCAUUUUAACAGGUGAUGACGAUAAUGAAUGUGGAUUAAGACGAAGAUUAAAAUGAAGAACAAGAGAAUAAAUGUAAGAAGUGAAAGUUAACGUCAUCGCGUAAUUUCAGUCGGACCAAUAGCAGCACAGCGCCGCGUGUUACAGGUCAGAGUUCCAAUCCUCAGGAAGUCGUUGGCUGCUUUAGCUCAAAAGCUAAACAAUGGCGAAAUAAUGAGCAACAGCAGCUCCAGAACCGCGAAACAAGCCACUCAGAUUUUAGAAAGCAUGCUUGAAAGUCCCUGAAAACGGAGUUCUGUAGAUGACACUUAGACGGCCGUGUGAAACUAAAGCGAAAACGGUUCGCAGCUCCUGCUACCGGAUAUUUCUUUUAGCACUGUAGCCGGUUAGCCGUUAGCUCGUCGUCUUUUACUCCAGUUAAAUGUUCCUCUCUUCGUGUCAUGCGGUGGCGUGUUUGUCACGCUCGGAGACGCUUAGUUAGCAGUCUCUUGUACUUUGUUUAAUUAAUACGGGGAUUAAUAUGUUUGGACAUUGUUUUAUUCCUGCCUGGCUUAUUAAGUGCCUUCCAGGCCGUUUGAUAUUGUCAUAGCAGAGGUGUGUUUCAGCCCUGUGAUGCCUUCCACGGAUUCACUGUCUACAUUCCUCUGCUGUCUUUAGUCCAGGAUUCUACAGACAAGAUGAGUUCAAAAUUUGGCUUAAUCAACUACAAUUCCCGGAAACACAUCUCCAUAUCCAUCCCCUCCUCCACGGAGGCGAUGUCCCCACACAUCAAAUCUGUGGAGGAACUCCGAGUGCUGGGGAUCAAUCUAAGCAGUUUCAACACUCCAACACAGUUCUUCAUCUGUGUGGCAGGAGUCUUCCUCUUUUACCUCAUCUAUGGGUACUUGCAGGAGCUGAUCUUCUCUUUAGAAGGCUUCAAACCCUUCGGCUGGUACCUCACUCUUGUUCAGUUUGGGUUCUACUCCAUGUUUGGCCUGGUAGAGCUACAGCUUACUCAGGACAAGAGGAGGAGGAUCCCAGGGAAAACAUAUAUGAUCAUAGCAUUUCUAACAGUUGGGACCAUGGGCCUUUCCAACACGUCACUAGGAUACUUGAACUAUCCAACGCAAGUCAUCUUCAAGUGCUGCAAACUCAUUCCUGUUAUGAUCGGUGGGGUUUUCAUACAAGGAAAACGGUACAACAUUGCCGAUGUGUCAGCUGCUCUCUGCAUGAGUCUGGGCCUCAUCUGGUUCACAUUGGCUGACAGCAAGGUUGCCCCAAAUUUUAAUGUGACAGGGGUUAUCCUUAUUUCCCUGGCACUUUGUGCCGAUGCUGCUAUUGGGAACGUGCAGGAAAAAGCCAUGAAACUGCACAACGGAUCCAACUCAGAAAUGGUAUUAUAUUCUUACUCUAUUGGGUUUGUAUAUAUUCUGCUGGGACUCUUAUGUGUUGGGGGACUGGGACCUGCUGUGACCUUCUGUGCUCAGCAUCCAGUGACUACAUACGGUUAUGCAUUCUUCUUCUCCCUGACCGGCUACUUUGGCAUCUCUUUUGUUCUGGCCUUGAUAAAGCUUUUUGGAGCACUAGUCGCAGUCACAGUUACAACAGGAAGAAAGGCCAUGACGAUCGUGUUGUCGUUUUUAUUCUUCACAAAGCCAUUCACUUUUCAGUAUGUGUGGGGAGGCCUGCUGGUUGUCUUCGGGAUCUUCCUUAACAUCUACAGCAAAAACAGUGACAAAAUGAAGCUCCCAUCAUUUGCAGAGCUCCGGAAACGAGUUCUCAGCACCAAGAAGGGUCGACCGCUCUCUCAGACUGUGUAGGCAGUUGACUUUUGACUUUACCUUAUGGAUCUAAGCUCCACUAGCCACAUGGUAAUGAGGUGGACCCAACAACCUGCAGCUACAUUCUGAUGGAGCAGGAGCACUCUGCAAACAAGAGGGAAGCUUUCGAUUUUAGCCAAAUUGCAAAGUUUUGCACUGGCCUCAGCCUGCCUGGGCAUGGAGGAGAGACUCAAACUGUGAAAGGAGCUACAGCAGUCUCAUCAUGUCAAGACUGGACAUUGACUGAAAGAAAUCAUUGUUGUAAUAGGUCUCUUUUUCACCUGCAUGUGCCGGCAAAGUGAUGGCAUCCUUUGCAAUUUUUUUUUUUUAACUGUGAUUAGUUGGGAGUAACACAAUGGCGUUUUUUUUUUUUUUUUUUUUUUUUUUAAAACGUUUACAUUUGGGAGUGAAUCAGUGUGUUGACUACCAUAUUCGCUAUCCAUUUGUUUGGUGAAAGGGUAGCUCUUUUUACAUUAAAAACAAACUGGGAAGUUUAUUCAAAUGG